AUGAAGAAUAAGAACAGAUCUUCUUCUUAUUGCAAUAAUCGUCGCCGACAAUCCAACAAACCUUUUUGCAAUUUUUGCAAAUGUUUUGGCCAUAGUUUUGAGACUUGCUAUCUUCGCAACAAUUCAGCUAUUUCAAUUUAUGCUGCUACUGUUGAUAACACUGAGAGUGGCCAACCAAUGGCUCCCAUCUCUGCACAGUCUCAAUCUUCUGGAUCCACUUUCACCAUUUCCAGAGAUGACCUUGUAAACAUCAUCUCUAAUGUCAUUUGUAUGAAUAAUGACUACAAGGUUGUCAGGAUUUCAUCUUCCCCUUUGUCUAUACAUGAGAUUGAGGUGUACACAUUCAGUUCGAAUUCAUGGAGAAGGGUUGGAUUCAACUUGAAACCCGAUCUUAAGUUCUUUGAUAAAGAUCAUUUUUUGCCAACCCCAUUGGUUAGUGGAGCUUUACACUGGAUGGUAGUUAUGAGAGAAGGAGAAGAAAAUCACAGGGAUAAAAAUAUGAUUAUGUCAUUCGAUGUCAAUAGUGAGAUUUUCAGAAAGCUAGCACUGCCUCAUGUUUCUAUCGAUGCCAACAACCUUCAUGGAUGUCUUGCAUCAUUCAAGGGGAAAUUGGCUUUCAUUACAUCUGGACAUGGUGAACAAAAUGGCUUUUGGCACUCCAUAUGGGUGAUGAGGGAGUAUGGUGUGGUUGAGUCUUGGAAUAAACUUUUUGUUCAAAGGAAGGAUCCUGAUAUCCAAUAUCUUUCAUCUAUAGCUGCUCUCAUGGAGAGCCUUUGUUUACUUGAUGGAGCAAACGUGGUGUCUUACUAA